AUGAAAACAAAUGUAAGCACAUCAGGGGAAGUUAUGCUUCAGCUGCUCCAAGCCAUGCCUGAGAAUGUGUGCUCCGCACCACAGCAGCUUCCUAAAGCCAAGCAGAUCUUUGUGCAGCGAUGUCAAACUUGUGGCAGGAACAAUGAAAGCCCAGCCAAGAAAAUGUAUGAGGAAGCUUCCGAAAGAGGGCAAGAGUGCCCAUAUUUCACCGAGCAGGUUAAUCACAAACAUCAAGUGAUGAAGCAGGAGGAACAAGAGAAGAAAAGGAGCCCUCACGCCAAACACUGCUUCAGGCCAUUCAUGUCAUUCAUGGCCUUCUUCGGCCCAUCUAGCACCACGUUGAGGCCUGGCUUCAGAAGCCCUCAGGAAAACACCUCCUGCAACUCUAUCUGUGACAAGAGAGUCAUCAGAAUUGAAGUCCGAAACUCAGAGUGGGGUGUGUGGGGGGGGUGGGGUGGUAUCCAUCUCGCCGCAUGCAAGUCCACACCCACAGGAGGAAGUCGAGUAGCCCGAGACCCCCACACCUGGAAAAGGGCGCUCCUGGCCACCGCCAACUUUCAGCCCCUUGCCCUCCAGCUGCGGAUCCACGUGGACUCCACAAAUGGGUUUUGA